GCACAUGAGGGGGGAGCAUGAGGGAGGGGCCGGGGUGACGGUCAAUACACCACCCAGCAGCAGCAGCAGCACCAUCAGCCUCACAGCAGUGCUCCUCCACCAUGGGUGACGCCGAGCUGCCCUCAGGCUGGGAGAAGCGGGUCAGCCGCUCCACAGGCCAGACUUACUAUUUGAAUGUGUAUACCAAAGAAAGUCAGUGGGAUGCACCAACGGAGCCUGCCAAGCCAGCAGGAGGGAGCACCACUGGGGGUCCUGACCGAGUGCAAUGCUCCCAUCUGCUGGUGAAGCAUGCAGGAUCCCGCAGACCUUCUUCGUGGCGCCAAGAAAAUAUUUCUAUUUCUAAGGAAGAAGCAAUAAGCCUUUUAGAGGACUAUCGUCAAGAAAUUACAUCAGGACAGUCAUCAUUUGCUGAGCUGGCUAGCAGGGUAUCGGAUUGCAGCUCGGCUAAGCGUGGAGGUGAUCUUGGGCUGUUUGGAAGAGGUGCAAUGCAAAAACCAUUUGAAGAUGCUGCAUUUGCCCUUAAAGUUGGAGAGUUGAGUCAAAUAGUAGACACAGACUCUGGGGUACACAUCAUUCUGCGUACUGCAUAGAUUGGCUAUACAACUCUCGAUAUUCAGCUAGUGGCUUAAAAUUUACCUGAUUUAUUUCCUGUUAUACAAAGAAAAUUCAUGUCUAAAACAUAUGUUAAAAAUAUUUGCAAUUAUACUGUUUCGUUACAGAAACUUUCAUUGCCUCUUAUCUUUCAAAUGCAGAUUACAGUUUAAUGUUAAAAUGGUCAUUUAAAAGAGAUUAGGCAAUGCUUGAAUAUUAAUAAAAGUUACUAGAAUAAGAA